AUGAAAGAUUUAUUGGUUCAGUUGAAUGAUUUACCUAAUGAAAUUCUUAUAUAUAUAUUUAAAAAAUUGUACAAUGAUGAAGUGCUUUAUUCUUUAAUGGAUGUUAAUAAAAGAAUCAGUAAAAUUGUACAAGACACAACUUUUACUCGUGAUUUAUAUUUACGAGAAUAUUCUCCAGUCGACGAUUCUACCUUCCCAUUAUCAAAUCCAAUACUUGAUCGAUUUUGUUCAAAAAUUUUACCUGAAAUUGUACAUAAAAUUGAAACUCUUUAUCUUAAAGGAACAUGGAUAGAACCUGUUUUUCAUGCUACAAAUUAUCCUAAUUUAAUCAACCUUGGUUUAUGUGAUAUUCAAUUCAAACUAGCUAUGUCUCUGUUUUGUGAAUUACAUGUCACUGUGUCAGAUAUAAAAGAAUGUCUUUGUAUACUUGAUGGACGUUUUGAUCAACUUCGUAUAUUAUAUGUUAUUUUUUAUACAACUUGUUAUAUGAACAUUGAGCAUAAGGAAAAGCCAUUACCAAACUUACGGAUUUUUUCUUUGUGGUGCAAGGAUAAGAUAUAUGAUUUUGAGAAAUCAGUUGUGCCACUUCUACGUCGAAUGUUAAAUUUAGAAGAACUUGAUUUAAAUAUUAUAGUUCAAUGUUACGAAAAGUUGAUUGAUGGUGAGACAUUGAAGAAAGAUAUUGUUAUUUAUAUGCCACAAUUAUAUAAGUUCACCUUUAAUAUUUGCUCAAUCAUAUAUCAUCGUAAUCAAACAAAUUUUCCAUUAAAUGAACAUAUUCAGAAAACGUUUCAAUAUUUUCCUAAUAAUGAAAUAAUUACUUGUAUUGAUCACUUUCAAGAAAAAGCAUAUAGUCAAUGUCAUAUUUAUUCAUAUCCAUAUAAGUGGGAAGUUUACAAUAAUAUAACAAAUAAUUUUCGUGGUAGAUUAUUUAUGAGUGUUACUGAAGUAUUAUUAUAUGAUGAACAUUCAUUUGAAUAUGAAUUUUUUCUUCGAAUUUCGAAAUCAUUUCCAUUUAUGAGAGAACUAACAAUAAAUAAUCGAAAAACACAAAAUAAGAAACAAUUUAUAAAAUCAAACAAUGAUGAUCAAAUAUUACGAAUUAUUGAAUAUCCCAAUCUUCAACGACUGGAUCUUUCUGAUACUC